AUGAGGCUGGCAAGGCUGGUAGGCCGAGUUCGACCCAAGCACCUCGGAGCGGCGGCGGGCGGCGCCGUGAGCGCCGUGACGGUGCUGGCGCUGCUGGAGAAGCUGGUGUCCAUGCUGGAGGCGCUGGAGGGGCAGCAGCGGCACAUGGAGCAGCGGCAGCGCGGGCUCGAGGGCGCCGUGCGCGGCAUCCAGGGCGACCUGGGCCGCCUCUGCCGCAGCCACGGGGCCACGGGCGCCGCCGUCGAGAAGCUGCUCGAGAAGUCGCGCAAGGUGUGCGCGCACACGCGCGCCGUGCGCGAGCGCCUCGAGCGGCAGUGCGCGCAGGUGCGCCGCCUCGAGCAGCACCACGCGCAGCUGCUGCGCCGCGACCGCUUCAAGGUGCUCAUCUUCCAGGAGGAAAAUGAGAUCCCUGCCAGCGUUUUUGCAAAGGAGCCCGUUCCCAGCGUUACAGAAGGGAAGGAAGAGCCCGUGGAUGAGAACAAAAGCCUGGAAGAAACCUUGCAUACAGUGGAGCUGUCGUCAGAUGACGAGAUGCCUCACGAGGAAGGCGACGCCGAAGACAGUGCGGAGGAGAAGGUCGAGGAGUCGCGGGCUGAGAAGAUUAAAAGGUCCGGCCUCAAGAAGGUAGACAGCCUCAAGAAAGCGUUUUCCCGCCAGAACAUCGAGAAGAAGAUGAACAAGAUCGGCACAAAGAUCGUCUCACCCGAGCGCAGAGAGAAGAUCAGGAAGUCCCUCACUGGGCAUCACCAGAAGUCCUCCUCUUCCAAGGGCUCCUCGCUCAAAGCAUCUCCCCUCACGCCUAACGCGAAGACAGGCCAGGAGGGAGAGAGCCCCGCUGAGGCCGAGGAGCGGCCGGCGGAAUCCACGAGCAACGAGCAAGGCGAGAACGAGGAGGAGCUGUCCUGCUCCGACGUGCGCUCCGACGCGACGCCCACCGCGUCCCUGUCRGAAGAGAGCAAAGCCAUGGCCGACUCCUUGGAGAAGGAAGCCAGGAUGGAAGGGAAAGCCAGCGUCAACAGCAACAUCGAGCUGUCCAUCGUCGAAGACGACGAGGAGUAUGGGAUGCCUCUAGAAGUUCCUAGCCACAAAGCGUCCGAGGAGAGAAGUGAGCCCGUCCGCGGCGAGAUGGAAGAAUCUGAUGAAGAAACAACCCAAGCAGCUGUUCUCCGGAUAGACUAGACGGCGCAAUGGGUCUCAGCCUUCCCUUUGGUUCCAGAUACACGCAGUUUGGGCCAGCGAAUAGCCGGUGUACGUUUCUGCCACACGUGCUAGCAGCAAUUCGCUUCCUUCCCUGGUUUUCUCUGCAGCGAUAACUUGCUGCAUCCUGUCGGCGUCGUGCAGAGCGAGCAAAGGCAACAGCACGAGCYGCUCCGCUCCCGCCGCCCGGUUUAGGCCAAUUCACUGGUAUUACGUAGUUCAGAGCAAGCUGGUGAGCUGGCUUUCGCAGAGUUAGGCCAGGGAGGUAUAUGGCGUAGAGUCCAAAAACAACCAUUUUUUGCUCAUUUCUCUUCUUUUUCCCCUGUCACACCAUUUCAUAGCUCUGUGAGUAGUCCUGUACGUAAACAUAGAAAUACCAAAGAGAACGCUUCACUGUAGGUUGCCUUGCUGUGCUCUGAGUACACUCACAGAUUCAGCAGCUACGUACACAGUAUUGCUCGUUCGGGGCUUUAUGCCGUAAUAUUAGAAGAGUAUUUAAAAAGCGAAASUGAAAAGUUGGUCCCAUUGAUGCCAAUGGUGAGGGUGGUAUUUUGCCUGUAGUCUCUGCUGAGAAAUGACUGGGUUUAUAUGGAACCAGAAGGAUGUUUUAUGUUUUAUGACAUUUAAUGGGUCAGAAAUUAAGGGAAGGGGGAAAAAAUAAAAGGAAUUUGAGAGAAUCACAGAGACAGUCAGAAGGAAGUCUGAAGUGCAGUGAAAUGUUAAAAAAGCCUACAAAAUUAUAUCUGUACUUGGAGCUUGAAGAGUAUAUUCUCCGAUAACACUAAUUGUUCAUUCUACUCAUUCUUACUCCUUAUAGCAAUAUAGUAUCAAACUUUGCACCUGCACAACUUUGUAUCUCAGAGUAUUUUGAAAAAGUAGCAUAAUUUGUCUUUUUAUAGCUUAUUUCAUAUACAAAGCUGUAUCUACACAGAAGAGUUAUAUAAUUACAGGGAUGUAAAGACUUUUUUUUUUAAAAAAAAAAAAAGAAAAAGGUGAAAAUGCUCAUUAGGCAUUCCCUCUAAAGGGAAAAACAUGCUAUGGGUUGAACUUGAUGGCAAGAAUGAGCUUACGUAAGGGUGAGCCACAGGAUUUGAUUCUCUGCUAGUAGCAUGCUCUCAGAAUUACGCUUCGGACAGCUCUCAAAAUUCAUGGAAAUGAGAGGUUGCAGAGCAGUUUUUUUUCCCUGUAUGUGCUCAUUCCAGUCACCUGCAAAAGCAGAGGGGAGGGAAGAAAGGGAAGCACCCAUAACAGUUACUUUGCAUCCUUGUUUGCUUAUACAGUAGGGCUUUUUUAUAGCRUAUAUAGACAUAUGUAAUUCUACUGAUACUUUAACAUUGCACUAUAAAAGACUGCAUCUUUCGAGUUGCACUUAGAAUCAACAAGUUACAGGGGAAAUAAAAGCUACAGCAAGAAAUAUCAUUAAGAAAUGAUUAACAGACAUUACUCCCCAGGAGUAUUGUCUAUAACCAGCAAAUCACACUGGAAAUCAGUCAGUAGGGGCUUAGUGUGA